UUAUCAAAUGCUCUUUACCCUGACUGCUGUCAAGUGGCUUUAAAGGUUCUCGGCCAUGAAGAAGGUGGUGGUGGUCACCGGGGCCAGCAGCAUGCAGGAAUCUGGGAAAGGCUGAAGCUGCCCGGGUCGCCCUGCUGUCUUCUCACCCCAGAGCGGAGAUCACACUCAUACAGAUAGAUGUUAGUAACCUGCAAUCUGUGUUUCAGGCGUCAAGAGAACUCAAACAAAGAGAUUUCUCCCCCAGGACUUCUCUGCACUGAUGAAAUCUCAGGCCCAGAUCCUCCAAAGGUCAUCAUCAUUUUAAAGCACUGUGGGCAUGCACCGUGGCAUUCUGGGAGCUGGGCUGCAGCCAGGUUUGAGCGUCUAGACUACCUCUAUGUGAAUGCUGGGAUUAUGCCAAAUCCACAGUUGAAUUUAAAAGCACUUUUUUCUGGCCUCUUCUCAAGAAAAGUAUUUCAUAUGUUCUCCACAGCCGAAGGCCUGUUGACCCAGGAUGACAGGGUCACUACAGAUGGACUGCAGGAGGUGUUUGAAACCAAUGUUUUUGGCCACUUUAUUCUGAUUCGGGAGCUGGAGCCUCUGCUUUGUUGUCCUGACAUUCCAUCUCAGGUCAUCUGGACGUCUUCUAGCAAUGCCAAGAAAGCUAAUUUCAGCCUAGAUGAUUUCCAGCAUGUCAAAGGCCAUGAACCCUACAGCUCUUCUAAAUAUGCCACUGACCUUCUGAGUCUGGCUUUGAACAGGAAUUUUAACCAACAGGGCCUGUACUCCAGUGUAGUGUGCCCAGGGAUUGUGCUGACCAAUCUGACUUAUGGAAUUCUGCCACCUUUCAUCUGGACACUAUUGACUCCAUUACUAUUUUUGCUGCGCUUUUUUGUAAAUUCUUUAACAACCACACCUUACAAUGGAGCAGAAGCCUUGUUAUGGCUUUUCCGACAAAAGCCUGAGUUUCUGAAUCCCUUGACCAAAUAUCACAGUGCUACCACGGGACUUGGAAACAAUUAUGUAAGCCCUCAGAAGAUGGAUCUGGAUGAAGAGACUGCUGAAAAGUUUUACCAAAACUUGCUGGACCUGGAAAAGCGCUUUGGGGCCAUCAGAGCCAAGUCACUGGAUAGCGGGAGUGAAAAAUGAAUUUCUUAGAACCAUCACAUGCUUUUUGGGCUUUUUGGGCAUCAAAAUGCUUUUAAGGGCUUCUACGUCUAUUCAUUUGGUUGAUGUGCGUUUGCAGAACAACCAGGAGAUCUUGACUCCCUCUCCCUGAUAUGUGUGUGUGUGGGUCUGUGUGUGUGUGUGUGUAUGUGCUCGCAUGUACACAUUUCUAUCCUAUAAGAGAAAAGAGGGGGGAAAUCUCAUUUCUUAAACAUCCAGUUAGAAACAACUCAUUUGUUAUUUCUAUCACUACUUCCAAUCAUAGCCUUGAGAGUUGACCUCUUUAAUAUUGCUCUGUGCCUUAUUUCUCCCUGAUAACCUGGUUAAACUAUGUGUGACAUCUCAUCUCUUAGAAGGAAAAGGGUGUUUUGUGAUUUACAUAAAUAGGUAACUAUCAUUUGUAGUGUAAAUUAUUCCAUAGCUGAAAAUUAGGACCAAAGCAAGCCUCACUGGACAGGUGUUCACUCAUUUUUUUUGUGGGGAACAGGGAGAUGGUCUCCUUGUCUUGCCUAGGGUAGAAGUAUCGUGGCCACUCAGGAGCCCCAUCCCCAUGCUGAUUGAUAUGGAAGUUUUAAGGUGUUCUGCUUCUCCAUCCUGGACCAGUUCACCCUUUUUGGGCAGCUCCUGAGGGCCCACCGUAUUGGUGCUGGACUUGACUCAGGCACCUGAUCAGCUUUAGUCCUUCUGUGAUCCAGAGAUCCUCAACUCAAGCAAUCCUCCAGCCCUAGGCUUCCUAGUAGCAGGGGAUAGAGUCCUGUACAAGCAGGUAUGGCUCCAUCCCUCUCAAAUAAGGAGAGGGUGUUACCCUGUAAAAUCUAAGAUCAAGCUAGAAUUCUGGAUUCUGCCAGCGUUAAUGUCUUCCUGAGAAAAUCACUUCACUUAUCAUGAGUCUGCUUCCCAGCCAGUGAAAGAGGAGUUAACUUCUCGCCCUCUUUGUCAUGAAUCUCCAGUGCGUUGACGUGUUCCAAAUAAAACUAGCUUGUUUUGGUAUGAGCUGUUCUAGAAACACUGUGCUUUUUGGGGAUGAUAAAAUAAAGUUAACAGGUCAGAA